CAUCUCCUUACAAUAUCCAGUAUCCUCCGCGACCAGCACAAUGAAGCACCGGUGCCUUGCCGCCCCUUAGCUGCACCGCUCAUCGUCGUCCUCCGAUCACCACCACUUCUCCCUCUGAACCACACUCUCCAAACCCUGCGCAAUGGAGCCUCAUCUCCUUGACCCCACUAGCCUGCGCUGGUCAUCAUCCAUCCCCUUAACCUACACCACCUGCUCGUUAAAAGUUCUCAAAGAGACCAAGCCCACCUCAAAUCCACCAUUUUUAUUUGUCAGAGCAGGGAAACGGAGUUCCGGAAGUUCCCAAAACGGGCUUCAGAGACAACCUAAGAAGGAUCUUUCUCGGAUUUUGAGGACAGAGGCGGCAAUUAGUGGCAUUGAGAGAAAAGCAAAUUCAAGAAAGUACAGUACUUUGUGGCCCAAAGCGGUUUUGGAGGCUUUGGAUGAGGCGAUAAGAGAGAAUAGAUAUGAGUCUGCUCUCAAGAUUUUUGGACUUCUUCGUAAACAACAUUGGUAUGAGCCAAGAUGCCAAACAUACACGAAGCUCUUGAUGAUGCUUGGCAAGUGCAAGCAACCUGAGCAGGCAAGCCUGCUGUUCGAGGUCAUGCUAUCUGAGGGGCUCCGACCCACUCUGGAUGUUUACACUGCACUUGUAAGUGCUUAUGGUCAUAGUGGUCAACUCGACAAAGCAUUUUGUACAGUUGAGGACAUGAAGUCAGUCUCUGACUGUAAACCAGAUGUAUAUACCUAUUCUAUUCUUAUUAAAUGUUGCACCACACUUGGCCGUUUUGACCUGAUUGAACACAUUUUCACUGAGAUGUCAUAUCUUGGAAUUGAAUGUAGCACUGUGACAUACAAUACAAUAAUUGAUGGAUAUGGUAAGGCUGACAUGUUUGAACUGAUGGAAAGCUCAUUAACAGAAAUGAUUGAAAGUGGCACAUGCCUUCCGGAUAUUUUCACUUUAAAUUCUUUUAUUUGGGCUUAUGGGAAUGGUGGGCAGAUUGAAAAGAUGGAGAAGUGGUAUGAUGAAUUUCAGCUCAUGGGGAUAAGGCCAGACAUUAAGACAUUUAAUAUCCUGAUCAGAUCAUAUGGGAAGGCAUGCAUGUAUGAGAAAAUGGUGUCUGUUAUGGAGUUUAUGAAGAAAAGGUUCUACUCCCCAACUAUAGUUACUUUUAACAUUGUUAUUGAAAUGUUUGGAAGGGUUGGAAAUAUUGAGAAGAUGGAGGAGUUUUUCCUGAAAAUGAAGCAUCAAGGAGUAAAGCCUAACUCCAUUACCUACUGCUCUCUUGUUAGCGCAUACAGUAAAGCUGGGUAUUUAAAGAAGGUUGAUUCAAUAUUGAGGCAAAUUGAAAAUUCUGAUGUAAUUCUAGAUACUCCAUUUUUCAAUUGUGUCCUCAGUGCUUAUGGUCAGGCUGGUGAUGUAGAAAGAAUGGGUGAAUUGUUCUUGGUUAUGAAAGAGAGGAAAUGUAAGCCUGAUAAUAUCACUUUUGCCACUAUGAUUCAAGCCUAUAAUGCCCAAGGCAUGAUUGAAGCUGCACAAAAUUUGGAGGUUAACAUGAUUACCACCAAGAACAAAUCAGGUGAACCUCAAUACUGCUUCAAAACAUAUCAGUUGGACCAACAAAGAUUGCAGAUCGGGGGUCUUCUCUCAAAUCUGAAGCACCUCUGCUGUCCAUGCAAUGCUGACAUUAGUGAAGUGCAGUGUUGUUCUGAACCUCUGGAGAUCUAUACAAGAGCCCUCCAUUUGAUUAGAAGAUAGGCCUUCAAGUAAAGAAAGAACACUACAUAGAUGGAAAGGAGGAUGGGAAAGAGUUGCUAGAUCAGUAUGAAUCAGAUUUCCUAUGAUAUCAUGUAACGAGAUCCAGAAAAAGAAUUUGAGAAUUCACCAAUAUAUUUUUCUCAUGAAUAAUGAAGGGGGAGAAGCAGAAGUUUGGGUUUCUGCUGCAAUCUGUAGUUACCCUUUAGCAAUGGACUAUACUCAUGCUUCUAACAGUUUCUGUUUCAACUAAAGCUACAAGCCUUUCUCAGUUUUAUUAGUUUGAAGUUUUAGCCAUUUCCUGCACAAAAUUGUAUUAUUUUGAUUUAUUUUCUGGGAUUCUUUUUUUGGAUGUUACAUCCUGGGAUUUCAUAGUCAACUUAGGAUUUAACUGAUGCUUAGAUUGAGCUGUAAAACACUGUUUGAGAUGGGUGAAUCAUGUGUGAGGCAAAUUUAUAGCCAAAUGAUAAUGUUGGUGCAGAAAAUCCAUAAUACAUAGUUCUACUAGGAGAAAUGCAGGAUAAGUCUUCAAUCCGAUUGUGUUGGUUACUUGACCAUUUUGAUGUGAUCAAUAAGAUGAGGAGAAUGGUUUCUAUCCAAGGUUUUCAAUGGUUAAAAUCCUUUAAACAAGUUUGUUCUCCUAGAAAGAGUGGAAUGGGAAAAUAGGAGCAGUAGCCAACUACAAGUAUUGUAAUGAGAGCUUUUGUUGAGUUGAUUAUGCACCUCCUUUCAUUAGCAUCAAUGGGCAAUCAUCUCAGCAUCAAUUUAGCAAAAUUAGGGUUAGAAUAGACUGUAGUUCACCUCAAGAAUGGCUAUUUUUUCCCAAGUUUGAUUAUUCAUUAGUAGGGAGUCAGUGAAGUUGAUUUUUACACAGAACUAGAACUGGCUGAAUGAACCAGAAGAAUACCUUUUCAGUGCUAUGUUAGAGGUGUAUGACCAGUAAUGACUUAUGCUAGAAACUGUUUGGCAGUUGAGAAACAAACUCAUAAGAUUAACACAGCAGAAACGAGAACGUGAAGAGUGAUAGUGCCAAAGCAUGAUAGGAUUAUUGAAAAAACGUGCUUUUAAUGGAUGUGGUUAAAGGUGUUGUAACUGGUUAAGGAUUAGGUAGACUAGGGGAUGCUUUGAUUUGAGAUGGUGACAGAGAGAUAUGCUGGACCCAGAAGAUGCUUGGAAAAGAAAAAUGAAAAAUGUGGCCCUAGGUGAUGUAUGGAGUAAGAUAAGUUGUGUUCUGCUGGCCCCCAUAUAGUUUGAAAGAGCUUUUAUGGUGUGUAUAUUUUGCAGUCCCUUCAGAAAAUGGGGGAUAUGAAGGAACCCAGACCCCAUUACUGGGCCAGUCACCAGUGUUUGGUGAGGGUGAAUCUGAGCCAUACGUGUCACCCUGACCAGGACCAAAAUAUUCGGGUUGGGUGCACUGUGACCUAACCCAAACUCUACCUAGUCGCACCCUCUAUUAUGGGGGGACUGCUUUCUGUUAUUUCCCCUUUUUCAUCAUACUCACAUUUUUCAUUCACUCCUUUUCAUCUUUUGCAUAUUUUUCAACUGAAAACAGAUAACUGAUUUGUGUUCAUGCAUCUGAAACAGGUUCACUAUCACCAGGUGUCGCGUCUUCGCCUCUUAUUCCCAUGUAGACAGAAUCAAGCCGCUUCUAUAGAGGACAAAUUCAGAGAUACAAUCAUAGGUAACCACCAGUCACUAGUGACUCUUCAAUUGAAUUCAACAGUGGGAUCAUAGUGGUGUGUUCUGGUAACCUCACUUGCACUAAGCACACAAUGUCUGACUGAAGAAACUCUAAAUGGAAGACCUUGUCAACCUCUGGUUUUGCUGCUCCAUCACCAAGAAACCGAGGACACCGAUCAACCCAUAUGGUCCAAUCUCAUAAUAUAAUGGUUUUUUAAUUAUCAAGUUUACAUCAUGGAAUCCCCAGGACAUGAGAAGGAAAAGAAUCGGCUAAUGUAUGGACAUUUGCAUAGUGUAUAUCAUUGAAUUGUGAAAAAAAUUCAAACAGAAUAUGGGCUUUUAGUGUCUUGGUUCAUGUACACUAUGGUCUUAUGUGCUGCAAAUUCUCAUUCACAGUCCAAAAUGUAUGAUGAUCUCAAAGAAGCUUUUAUUCUGUAAAUCAUUGUAGUAAUGCUGCUGUGACUAAAUACAUUUAC